CGGAAGUGUGUUGGCCCCGACUGUGUUCGGUUUCCGGCCGGUGGUGCGGCACCGGCCAGUUGGAGACGUGUAACGGACGGUGGGCUGCAGCCAUGGCCGAGAGGAAACCUAACGGUGGUGGCGGCGCCGCCUCCGCGUCUUCGUCGGGCACCAACUUACUCUUCUCCUCCUCGGCCACGGAGUUCAGCUUCAACGUGCCCUUUAUCCCGGUCACCCAAGCCGCCGCUGCCUCGGCCUCCUUGCUCUUGCCCGGAGAGGAUUCCACAGAAGUGGGUGAGGAGGACAGCUUCCUUGGUCAGACUUCUGCUCACACGUCUACCCCACAGACAUUUAGUUACUUCUCUCAGGUAUCAAGCAGUAGUGAUCCUUUUGGGAAUAUUGGACAGUCACCGUUAACAACUGCGGCCACAUCGACUGGACAGGCAGCAUUCUCCAAGCCCCCAACUGCUCUCCCUUUUACGACCGGAUCCCAAGAUGUGUCAAAUGCGUUUUCACCAUCCAUUUCCAGGGCUCAGUAUGGUGCUCCACCUUCUUCACAGAUGGGAAUAAAUACUUAUCUGCCUUCUCAGCCUAGUAGUCUCCCUCCUUCCAAUUUUGGGAGCCCACCCCAAGGAACACCCCAACAAGGAUACAAUCCAUAUCGCCACACAGCUGUGAGCAGCAGGGCUAAUCCUUAUAUUACACCACCACAGCUGCAGCAGUGCCAACCGCCAGCCCAUCCUCCCCAUCCUCCACCCACUGGACCCCCUGUUCAGAUGUACCAGAUGCCUCCAGGAUCUUUGCCACCGAUUCCUCCUGCAGUGCAGUCAGGAUUGUCCCCUCCAACCCAGCAGCAGGCACCUGCUAGACCUGGUCCCUCUGUGCAAGUGCCACCUCCUUUUCUACUUCAAAACCAAUACGAAGCUGUCCAACCCCACUGGUUUUACUGCAAGGAGGUAGAAUACAAACAACUCUGGAUGCCUUUCAGUGUGUUUGACUCUUUGAAUCUUGAGAAAAUCUAUAAUUCAGUCCAGCCAGACCCUGAGAGUGUGGUUCUAGGCACCGAUGGAGGGCGCUAUGAUGUUUACCUCUAUGACCGCAUGCGGAAAGCCGUAUACUGGGAAGAGGAGCCAGCUGAAGUGCGGCGCUGCACUUGGUUUUACAAAGGGGACACAGAUAGCAGAUUUAUUCCCUAUACAGAGGAGUUCAGCGAAAAACUAGAGGCUGAAUAUAAAAAAGCUGUAACCACGAAUCAGUGGCAUCGCAGAUUAGAGUUUCCGAGUGGAGAGACAAUUGUUAUGCACAAUCCAAAGGUUAUUGUUCAGUUCCAGCCUUCAUCAGUGCCAGAUGAGUGGGGGACCACACAAGAUGGACAGACAAGGCCCAGGGUGGUAAAGCGUGGAAUUGAUGAUAACCUUGAUGAAAUUCCUGAUGGAGAAAUGCCUCAGGUAGAUCACUUGGUGUUCAUGGUGCAUGGCAUUGGCCCUGUGUGUGACUUGCGUUUUAGAAGCAUUAUUGAAUGUGUGGAUGAUUUUAGGGUGGUUUCUCUCAAACUGCUGCAGACUCAUUUCAAGAAAUCUUUAGAUGCUCAGAAAAUAAGCCGAGUGGAAUUCCUUCCAGUUCACUGGCAUAGUUCCUUGGAUGGGGACGCCACAGGUGUUGACAGGAAUGUUAAGAAAAUUACUUUACCAAGUAUUGGUCGGUUUCGUCACUUUACCAAUGAAACCUUGCUAGACAUUUUAUUCUACAAUAGCCCCACCUACUGUCAGAGGAUUGUGGAGAAAGUGGGGUUGGAAAUAAACCGUCUGCAUGCACUCUUCAUGAGUCGGAACCCAGACUUCAAAGGAGGGGUCUCUGUUGCUGGUCACAGUUUAGGCUCUUUAAUCUUGUUUGACAUCCUGUCUAAUCAAAAAGAUUUGAAUUUGUCAAAUUCUCCUGGGCCUUUUGCUGUUGCUAAUGGAGUUGUGAAGCAGCCACAUUAUCAGGAAAAGCAGAUACCUGAAGAGCCAAAGCCGAUGUUGGAUGAGUCUUGUGACCUUGAUGUUGAAAAUGAAGAAGUCCUAACUUUGCAAGAAACUCUGGAAGCACUUAGCCUCUCUGACUAUGUUAGCACUUUUGAAAAGGAAAAGAUUGAUAUGGAAUCUCUGCUUAUGUGUACGGUUGACGACCUGAAGGAAAUGGGAAUACCACUUGGACCCAGAAAGAAGAUCGCUAACUUUGUAAAACAUAAAGCGGUCAAACUGGAACAGAAAAAAGCAGCAUCAGAAAAGAAGGUAAUGAUGGCCACCUCGACAAAAGGACAAGAGGAAAGUACUCAGAAAGCUAAAGAAAUGGCUCCUCCUCCCUUAGAAUCGAACGAGUCCAAGAGGAAACUUCCAGUCGGAGCUUACGUUUCUUCUGUGCAUGUAGAUUACGAGUCUUUUGAAGUUGGCACUGGACAGGUUUCUGUUGUUUACAACUCCCUAGACUUUGAACCUGAGAUUUUUUUUGCCUUGGGAUCUCCAAUUGGUAUGUUUCUCACCAUUCGAGGAGUGAAUAGGAUAGAUGAGAACUACAGGCUUCCCACCUGCAAAGGAUUCUUCAAUAUUUAUCAUCCACUUGAUCCAGUGGCGUAUAGAUUAGAACCUAUGAUUGUACCAGAUUUGGACCUAAAAGCGGUUCUCAUUCCACAUCACAAAGGCAGAAAAAGACUUCAUUUAGAGUUGAAAGAAAGUCUCUCUCGUAUGGGAUCUGAUUUGAAGCAGGGUUUCAUUAGCUCUCUGAAAAGUGCUUGGCAGACAUUAAAUGAGUUUGCCCGUGCUCAUACCUCUUCAACUCAGUUGCAAGAAGAAUUGGAGAAGGUAGCCAAUCAAAUCAAAGAAGAAGAAGAAAAGCAAGUAGUUGAAGCAGAAAAGAUUGUUGAAAGUCCAGAUAUUUCCAAGGAUGAGGACUACUUAGGAAAGGUUGGAAUGCUAAACGGAGGUCGCCGGAUUGACUAUGUUCUUCAAGAAAAGCCAAUAGAGAGUUUUAAUGAAUAUCUUUUCGCUCUUCAGAGUCACUUAUGUUAUUGGGAAUCUGAAGAUACUGCCCUGUUAUUACUUAAAGAAAUUUAUCGGACAAUGAACAUUAGCCCAGAACAGCCCCUGCAUUGAUUGGACUUCAGCUUCACCGCAAAGCCGUGUAUCAAUUGCAUUGCCGAAAAUCCUCAGAGGCCGUCCCCAGUCUGCUCCUGCGAUGGAUGACAGAAAAGUGAUUCGUCGACAAUUGCUCAGCUGUAAUUCUCAGAUGUAGGGGUUCAUUUAUGAGAAAACAUAUAGAACAAAAAGAUGGAAAAAAUCAGUACCACAUUUGGACACUAUAGAUGAGAAGAUGAGCUUAUAAAACUCCUCAGAUCAGUUUAGUUGUACAGUUGUCAGAGUAACAUGUGGUAUCAAUGAAGAAAUGUUUGUGGCACGCAGACGGUUAUUUCUGUUUCUUAGAAAAUAUUGUCAGUGGGCUAUUAAACCUGUAUUUUUUUUUUUAUUAUUACUGUAGUAUAUGUCCAGUGGACUUCUUGAGAAACUAUAGUAAUACAGUGUUUAAAAAAUGUAUGUCCUGGAGUUCCCUGGUGACACAAUGGGUUAAGAACCUGGUGUUGUCCCUGCUGUGGCUCGGGUUCGAUCUCUGGCGCCUGAAUUUCUGCAUGCCGCGGAUGCGGCCCCCCCCAAAAAAAUUUUUAAGUUCUACUUUAAAUGUGAAUUGUAGUUCUGAGCUGCUUUAAUGCAGGGUCAUUUGUAUUGUUAAGACGUAACCAAGAUCACCUCUAUUCCAAGCUGAACUAGGUCUCUCUGAAGCCUCUUAGCUAAGCAGUUGGUGGCGAGCAGGUUGUGGAGGGAAGUGAGCGCUUCUGACGUCCCGGAGGCCCCGCCCUCCCAGCACGUCAUUUCUGUCGGCAGAGGGGAGCAGGUGCCAGGUCUCUCCAUCAUCUAGGGUAGCUGUACAGCCGCCUCCUUGCUAAAGUUCCAGUCGUAUGAGAACCAAAGUAGAAUUUAUUUGGAUUUGGGAAUUUUUUUGCUUUGUAUUAAUUUUACUUAUACCAAAGUGUUGGAAAGUAUGAGAUCUGUUGCCUCUAGACUAUAACUCUACUUCAUGACAAGACGGUUCUGUGAGAUUUUACUUUAUUUUACUGUAACUUCAAAUUAUCUGAAUAUUUUCCUAAUACUACAUGGGAAUGCUGAUUUCUUUGUUACGCAGUAGAAACAUUUUACACUGUUUAUAUAGUUCUCAUGGAACAUAGACUUUUUUGAGAGCAAUGUGUGAUACACAUUUUUUGUGUAUACUAAUUAGUGUGAAUAAAACAGUAACAUCAAUACAUUUUUUUAAAAGCAGAAACUUCUGUAUUUUUCUUGUCUUCCUUAAAAGUAUUCCCAUGAGUUCAGUGUUCAUUUACGCUCACUGUUGAGUACCUGCUCUAGAAUAUAUAACUAUAGCAUUUGUUCCUAAUACCAGAGUUAGGACGGUAGAGCUUUUGAGCUGCAGUUGUCUCCAGACAACGUAUUUUCCAACCACCUCCUCCUGCAGCUGAGGACACAACACUAAAUGCCUUCCUCAGGUUGCUGGAUGGCAGAGCUGGGCUGGAAUGUACAGUGUCACUAACUCCCUUCUGGCCUUCAUUUCUCUAUACCAUUGCUAUUACCUUUCACUUAAUUUCCUCCUAACUUCCCAACACUGAUGAAAAAAAGGAAAAAUAAGGGUUUAUGUAUAUUUUAAUAAAAUCCAGUUUGAUUUUUCAA